AUGCAAUUGCAAUCAAUUUUGCCCCAUCUACUUGCAGUUAUCUGUUGCUGUCUGAUUCCAGCGGUGAAAGCUGAAUCUUCCAAUUAUGCACCAUUUUCCAUAGCAUUGCCAGCUUUUUCAAAAGAAUGCCUAUACUAUGAUUUAACAGAUAAUGAGGAUUCUUUAGUUGUCAGUUAUCAAGUUUUGACUGGUGGAAAUUUUGAAAUUGAUUUUGAAAUUACUUCUCCAGAUGGAACUAAAAUUAUCUCUGAAAAGCAAAAGAAGUAUUCCGAUUUUCUUUUGAAAUCAUUUGGUUUAGGCCAAUACAGUUUCUGUUUUACCAAUUCAUACGGAACUGCUUUGAAGAAAGUGGAAGUUGUCCUUGAACUAGAGAAGGGAAAUUUAGGUAUCCCAGACGAAAACAGUUCACCACAAGAUGCAAUCUCUAAUAAUGCAAUUGAAGAGAUCGACAGAAAUUUGCAAAAGAUUACUAAGGCCAUGAAUUAUUUGAGGGCAAGAGAAUGGAGAAAUAUGUACACCGUGGAAUCAACCGAUUCCAGACUAACUUGGUUAUCACUACUAAUCAUGGGUCUCAUGGUGGGCAUAAGUGUCCUACAAGCAGUGGUCAUUCAAUUCUUCUUUAAAGUUCGUUCGAAGAACUACGUAUGA